AUAAGAGUGUCUUGCACGGCAGGUGCAGGUUUCCCAGCAGCUCAGGCAAGAGCCCGAUGUUUGUGCCGUCUGAUCCUGAUGUCUGGAGAGGUGAGCCCUCUGUCGGCAUCUUCCUUUCCAGGCUGGCAGAGCAAGAGGGGCUGUGAAUUAAUUCAUGGUUGGGGGUCGGGACCUUCUAUAUCUGGACUUGCCUCCCACCCGUGUCCUCUGUCCCUUUUUCCCUACGGCAGAUAGCCAUGUGUGAGCCUGAAUUUGGCAAUGACAAGGCCAGGGAGCCAAGCGUGGGUGGCAGGUGGCGAGUGUCCUGGUACGAACGGUUUGUGCAGCCAUGCCUGGUCGAACUGCUGGGCUCUGCUCUCUUCAUCUUCAUCGGGUGCCUGUCGGUCAUUGAGAAUGGGACGGACACUGGGCUGCUGCAGCCGGCCCUGGCCCACGGGCUGGCUUUGGGGCUCAUGAUUGCCACGCUGGGGAAUAUCAGUGGUGGACACUUCAACCCUGCAGUGUCCCUGGCAGCCAUGCUGAUCGGAGGCCUCAACCUGGUGAUGCUCCUUCCAUACUGGGUCUCACAGCUGCUCGGGGGGCUGCUCGGGGCUGCCUUGGCCAAGGCGGUGAGUCCCGAGGAGAGGUUCUGGAAUGCAUCUGGGGCGGCCUUUGUGACAGUCCAGGAGCAGGGGCAGGUGGCAGGGGCGUUGGUGGCAGAGAUCAUCCUGACGAUGCUGCUGGCCCUGGCCGUAUGCAUGGGUGCCAUCAAUGAGAAGACAAAGGGCCCUCUGGCCCCGUUCUCCAUCGGCUUUGCAGUCGCCGUGGAUAUCCUGGCCGGGGGCACUGUGUCUGGAGGCUGCAUGAAUCCCGCCCGUGCUUUUGGACCUGCGGUGGUGGCCAACCACUGGGACUUCCACUGGAUCUACUGGCUGGGCCCACUCCUGGCUGGCCUGCUUGUUGGACUGCUCAUUAGGUGCUUCAUUGGAGAUGGGAAGACCCGCCUCAUCCUGAAGGCUCGGUGAAGCCGAACUCGUGGGAUUCCUGCUGCUCCAGGUGUCCUCAGCUCACCUGUCCCAGACUGACAGGAGAGUUCCUGCAUUUCCUGCCAGAGCAGAGGCCGGAGUAGCCACCCCCUGCUUCCACUGCCUGGGCCUGCUUUCUCAGACUGCUGAGGCGGCUCUGGGUUCUUGGAAUUCCUUUGUGCUCAUCAGAGACCCCAGCCUGGGGGACACGCUGCCCGUGCUGCCCAGAGAGCAGUGCAAACACCAUAACACGAGGGUGUUUCUUGAGAGGAAGGUCCCCGAGUUGGACAAGGAGGCUGUUUCUGCACAUCAGCUCAUUUCCCGCACCCCAUUUCUUUCUUGAUUGCUUUGUUGUAGAAGGGCCUUCUGGGGCCUGGCCACUUCCUUGCUUCUCAAGCUGACAAUUCUCACUUUGCAAUAAAUAGUCCAAUAUUUCCUUCCA